UGGCACUCAAAGUCUUCCGUCUGUGAAGUGAAAUUCGUAAACGAAUCACUUCCACCAAAUACUCGCUCCGGUGUGCAUUCUCAUCCAUCGACCUAUGGCGUUGCAGGUGGUUAUACAAUAAACGAAUGUAAUGAAAACAAAAAAGCAAUAUAUGGAAGCAAAUUCAGUGGAGAUAUAAAGAAGAUAUACUUCUCUUAGGUGGAAAUACACUGCAAACUAUAAUAGUGUCAUAUAUAAGUACCAUGUCUCUUAAGUGAAUAAAUAUAUUUUAAUAGCCAAGUGUUCCAGACAUCUAAUGACGUCUUUAAGCGAUCAUAAGAAGGGAAAACUAAUAUGAAAAGUUGAAUAUUCCUCCCCAGUGACAUGAAUGAGAACGUGAUAGACACGUGUUUCUUACUGACGACCUCUGCGCCAUGAGACAAUAGCAAUACAUGGUGACCGACAACCAUGAGGGCCAUGCUCGUGCUCGUCGUGCUGUGGGUAAUGCAAGGACUCAUGUCUGAACAGGUGCCCCAUUCGAAACCUUCUUCAGCAAGCUUAAGUCUCUCAAACUUGGAUCCGUUUUGCUUCAACGGCAGCCUCAGCGGGACGUGCCUCGAGAUCAUCAUCAAUCAAAUCUGCCCUAAGGGGAGCUACUACCCCAACAAGGAGAUGCUCCGUGACACUGACCCCGAAUCAUUCUUCUGCAAAGGAAAGGACUGCAGGAUAAGCAAACUCCAAGGACUCUACUGCCAACCAAAUAAUUCUCCGCAGGAUUACAAGCCUCAGAAUCGUCGGAGAUCCCAUUCAGUCAACAACAACGUUCUUCCAGACUGUACAAGAAACGUCGAUGGUGACACGUACGCGAAUGUUGAGAAACUGGCAGGUUUCCAAUGCAAGAUGAAACUUAAAAAAGUAUGUGGGUCUUGCUUGCGUCAAGGAUUACCUAAGAACGUAGUCUUAGAGAAGAUGCUAUUAGAUUCCUACAAUAGAUUAAGGAAUCCCAAGGAUCAAAGAGACUCCAUCUGGACGGUGCCCGUCAACUCCACCCAGAGGAAUUACCCGAGACUCAGUUAAGUGUUUACGUUUCGUAGCCUGGACAUGGAACAGCUCGACGUGAAGGAGAAACAUGCUGUAAUACGCCAUCGUUUGUGCGAAUUUCUACAUGAAACCAACGAUCCUCAGUUAUGAACGAAACUUCUCCUGUGUAUUGGUUAUGCCACGAAAGAAGACUAGAGAUACAAAAGGCGGGAGUUGAACGCAUCUACUAUGACGUGCUUUGAGUGAGAAUGUUUUAGACAAUGAACAGUGUGAGUUAUUGUCUACUAGUUAGUGUGUCGUCUUAUAUAUCACGUCACAGAUUAGCUCCCACUUACAAAGUUUGUUCCUGGGGGAAAGAUGUAAAUUGAACCAUGAUUUGAAACCAAAGUAUUAAAAAAAAUCUAAUUCAUUUGUAGGACUAAAAACAAUUCUGACUGUUGGUGGCAGGAUGAGAAGGCAAAGUGAGAUCAAGGGCGAGUUCACAAACCGCCCGGGACAUUUUAUCGUUUUCGUAACUUCAAGGAGAAACUUUAGCCUUUCAUCUAAAAAUAACUGGGUAAUUUCUAUCAAUGUAAGUAAGAUGAUAAGCAAGUAAUACCUACUACAAUUCUAAAAACACAUCAGUAGUACCUGUAGUUAUAGCGGAAAAGUCACAUGCACCCGAAUUAUUAGAAAAAUUCGCGGUAAAACUUUAGUUGCUUACGUGAUGACAGUAAUGUUGUAAAUUAUAAAGAUAAUACAAAUAAAUUUUCCAGGAUGGCCUAACCUAAUCUUGGUCAUGACCCUCCUAGUUCACCACUGUCAUGUAAUGUGCCCAACUAAACUUCUACCAGUUCCAAAUUAUAAAUUGAUUUGAACAAUCUAAGGUAAGCUAAUCUCCUACGACUUAACAGUAUCGAGCUAUUCAGAUGAAUAAAUCUCAUAAUUUUGAUGCCUUAUUAUUAUUAUUAUUAUUAUUAUUAUUAUUAUUAUUAUUAUUAUUAUUAUUAUUAUUAUUAUUAUUAUUAUUAUUAUUAUUAUUAUCACUGAUGAGUAGUCCACGAAAAGUUACCAUAUAUUACGUUUCAAUGUGUAUAAAAUGUAUUACAAACAGGACAGUUAGAUGUUUGAAACUUGCUGUUCUUAAUACAUUCUGAUACAUUUAAAACAUUAUGUAAGGAUAUAUAAUUAUGAGCUACUUGGCACUGAAGUAUCACGUUCUGAUCGGAAUAUUCAGAUUAUUAUUAUUAUUAUUAUUAUUAUUAUUAUUAUUAUUAUUAUUAUUAUUAUUAUUAUUAUUAUUAUUAUUAUCAUUAUUAUUAUUUUCAGAGGAAUUAUAACCCAGUUGACAUGUGACCUUUGAUUAGAAUGUCUGCUUUUAGUUUUGUGACAUAUUAAGUAAAGUUGACUGUCAGCUAUUGGUCCAAAACGUGAUGGAGGUGAUUGACGGAAGAGUUCACGAGGCAAUGAGAAAAUGUUGUGUCCCAAGGGAAUUCAAUUUUCUCAUCUGUCAUCCAUACAAGUCGCUAUAACCUCUGUAAUGGACUUCAAACACCGUUACAGAGUAUUUAUUAACCCUUUUAUUUUAAGGAAAGAGUUUAUUAUUAUUAUUAUUAAUUAUUUUUAUUAUUAUUAUUGUUGUUGUUAUUGCUUCUCGCACAUUAUGCAUGGCAGUCCCUCGUGGAAAGAGCAACCGUUUAGGAUUAAGCUCUGCACGCUAAUCACACCCAGUAUAUAGAACUUAGUUUUCUUAGAGAUAAUCUAGGCUAAGCUAGGAGAGCCGGUGCUCGUUUUUGGAGGAUGGGCGAUCACGGUAGCAUCCAGCAUCGUUCAAUGUAACAAAGGAGGUCUUAAUAGGAGAUACUUUUAUAUUCUCCGACCGACGAAGAUGUGAUACGAAAAAAUAAAAAUGGAUUUAUCGAGCGUACAAGAAUAUUCUAGUCCUCUUUUCGUUAUGGCGUAAGGACGCGUGUAAUUUUUUCUUUAAAUGUACUCUGUAGACUCUUACCAAAGAUAACGUAGUUGUUAGGAUGGGUGGCUAGGAUGGUCUCCAAGGGCUGGAAAGGGAGGAAUCCUACAUCGGGCCUUGAUCGGUAUGUGAAGACAUUAAAUUUCCUUUGUGACCGUAUAUGUAUGUCUCUGUUCACUGGAACUGCACAGAGCUCUGUAGGAACUGUGUGUAUGUGUGUAUGUAUACAGGCUUUUUUGUUUUCUGUUACUCUACCUAUCUGUACAUAAAUACAUAAAUUGUCUUCAAAUCGGAAUAACAGCUGUUUCUCAAACGACCCUUAUGUUCAUUUUUUAUUUCACAUCAGUUGCAAGGAAGAAUGACAGUGUUUGAAAUAAGCUAAAUAUUUAUGUAUUAGUGAAACCUUUAUAAUACAUACACGUAAUGCAGAUACAUAUGCAUAUAUGCACACAUACAUGAAUAUACCUAAGCAUACACUAAUGUCUAUAUGUCGACAUAAACGAAAAUGACCAAAUGAUGUGGGCAAUGUCAACCAAUUCACUCAGUUGCUAGACACGGAUGUGACGUCAGCGCAUGUCUGCUGUUUGGUAAGGGUCUUUCUGUCCGCUUUAUUGCUGUUUUGUGUGUUUUUUAUAUACAUAUAUAUAUUUUUUUGCUUUUUUUUUACUUCUGUAAUCCGGGGAAACAAAACAAGAGUUUUGCAUUUGUAUUUUAUUACUGAAUCAGAGUGAAAAAAUACCCAUUGUGAAUUUAUCAAUAGGAUAAUAGAAAACUGAUAAGCAAUUUUUUUUAAAUAGGAUACCUGUAGAUUUGAUUCAUGCAGACCCAUUGUAUGUAUUGUGUAUUUUAUCAGUAUCAAGUGGAAGACAAUUGUGUCGUUAUAAGAAGAGAUUAACGGAAGAAACAGGAAUUUUUCAUUUUAUUUGUAUAAAAUUACUGAACUAUAUUAUCAUCCAAUUACUAUAAAAUUUGAUAAUAAUUACAGUGAAAUUAUCAUUAUGAAGAGAAGAAAAUAAUUUUGUGCGUCUCAUUCACGCAAGUAUGAUAAGCAAUGGGUAUUAAAUGGAAAAUAAUAAGAGUGUGUUCCAUUAUCUUGAAAAUAAUGUUCAUUGUAUCUAACAUGAAACUGGGAAUAUGUAUACUGUAUCUUCAUUAUAACAGAAAUGCAAAUCAUUCUUUUGAACUGUACUCAUCCGAAGGGGAUAAUUUGAUUUGAUGGAAAUGGAAAAAAAAAAUUGGUACAGAUCUUAUUAUCAUAAAAGCAAGAUAAUAAUGACAAAGAUCUCGCUCAUAUGAAAAUUAGGAAUGAUAUUAAAAUGUGGAUUUUGAUCAGAUUAGAAAGGAAAUAAAAAGAUUACGAGUUGUAUCAUUUAUAAAAAAGGGGUUGGGUGGGAAUCACCUUUCAUUAAUUUAAAUAGAGAUAUGCAUUGUCGGAAUGUAAAAAAAAAAAUAAAAGGUUGCUUACUCAAUUCUCUUGGUAUUAAUUGGAAAAAUAAUCCUUAUUAUUAUUAUUAUUAUUAUUAUUAUUAUUAUUAUUAUUAUUAUUAUUAUUAUUAUUAUUAUUAUUAUUAUUAUUAUUAUUAUAAGGAAAGAGAAGAAUGUUUUGUGUUUUAUAUAUUGAUAGUAUAGGACGUAGGAUAAGUGAGCAAAGGUAUGUUUGAGAAGCAAUGUCAUUGUUAGACAAGUACCGUCGCUGCAUAGUGUUAGUGUCGAGCGAUUUUCACCAGACCACUGAGGGAAAAAAACAGUACCUGUUUACUUCAGCAGUAAGCUUCAGUUCUAGAUUGCAAACUUGACUUAUUUCUUAUCCAUUGUUUAAGAUUAUAUCUUUACCGUCUCCAGUGUGUUUUUUAAGCUAUCUUACUUUAACCGCACAAACGUUAUAGUGUCUAUGAUAUUUUAGCUUGUAAUAUUUUGUAGGAACUUGCAUUAUAACUAUAAAUAAAUGUUUCUAUUACA